AAAAGGGGAAAAAAUCAAAUCUUUCCCAAGGUCAAAAGCUCCGGGCUCUGUUUUUUUCUGUGUAUACACACUACAUCGUCUCUUUCCUCUUCUCUUUCAGAUUGUUCUCUGCGUUUCUGUUUAUGGCCGCGGAAUUGAAACAAAUCUGGUUUCUGAUUCCCAAGACGAGAUUUUUCUUGACGACCCAUUCCGGGAUUUUUAUUCUUUGAGACUUUCCUGGUUUGGGGUGCAUUUGGAAAAAAAGAUUCAAUCUUGGUCGAUCAUUCUUUUUUUCGCCUCGGAUGGAUAUGGAACAUUUUCAUGAUUUGGUAAAGAGCAAGAAGAAACCAUCAUCUUGUGUUGAGGUCCAAAACUCAUUGAGGAAAGAGAUAAUGCAGCUAGAGAAAAGAUUGCAGGACCAAGUUGCGGUUCGAUGUGCUUUAGAGAAAGCCUUGGGUUAUGGGUCCUCCUCCCAUAAGACCACAGCUGAAACCCCAAUUACUAAGCCAACGAGGGAACUUAUUCGAGAAAUUGCAGUGCUAGAGGUAGAGGUUGGACACUUGGAACAGUACCUCCUUUCACUCUACAGGCAAGCUUUUGAUCAACAGCUCCCAUCCUUGUCUCCUCCACGAAGGGACGAUAGACUGAAACCACCCUCAAGUGGUACCCCAAGAAGAAGGCUGAAUUUCUCAAAGUUACCCAUGAAAGAGAGUAAUGGCUUUGCCGAAGUUGCAUCAAAUUCUGAUUCUCGUGUUCAACGAAGUCAUUCUUCACUAUCUCAGCGUUCAGGUCUACCAAACAGAACAUUAACGCCAGAAGACACUUUGGGCAGAUCUGUGCGCGCUUGUCAUUCUCAACCUUUGUCAAUGAGGGAGUAUGCACAGAGUGUUUCAUCAAACAUGUUCAGUUUAGGGGAGCGUGUUUUCAACCAUAUCACCAUAGAUCAUGUUCCAGAGACGCCAAACAAGCUCUCAGAGGAAAUGAUAAAAUGCAUGAGCACAAUAUACUGCAAGCUUGCUGAUCCACCACUAACAACAAGUCAGCUGGGAGCCUCCUCCUCUCCAGCAACCUCAGCAUUCUCAUCACCAAAUCCAUAUUCGCACGAUGGUCUGUGGAGCCCGGGAUUUAGGAAUGUUUCAUCUUUUGACGUGCGCUUGGACAACCCUUUCCACGUUGAAGGGCUUAAGGAUUUCAGUGGACCUUACAGCACAAUGAUCGAAAUACAAUGUAUAUAUAGAGAUAAUCAUAAACUUUGUGAGAUUGAGCCCUUGCUACAAUAUUACAGGUCACUUAUUUGUCAAUUAGAUGAAACUGAUCCAAGCAGGCUGAAAACUCAUGAGGAGAAACUAGCAUUUUGGAUUAACAUCCACAAUGCAUUGGUUAUGCAUGCAUAUUUGGCUUAUGGAAUCCCACAAAGCAGCAUGAAGAAAGUUUUCCUUCUCUUAAAGGCUGCCUAUAAUGUUGGGGGGUGCAUCAUAAGUGCGGAUGCAAUACAAACAUCUAUACUCAAAUGCCGAAUGUCUCGGCCUGGACAGUGGAUUCGGGUACUUCUUUCAUCAAAGGCGAAAUUCAGAACAGAAGACAAACGACAAGCAUUUGUGAUUGAACAUCCAGAACCUCUACUGCAUUUUGCACUCUCUUCUGGAAACCACUCCGAUCCCGCGGUCCGACUCUUUACGCCCAAAAGAGUGUUUCGGGAGCUGGAAGCAGCAAAAGAGGAAUACACUAGAGCAACCUUUGGCGUCACAAAGGACAACAAGAUUUUGUUACCAAAGGUUGUGGAGUCAUUUGCCAAGGAUUCAGGAAUGAGUUCUGCCAGCGUGGUAGAGAUGGUCUGGCAAUCUUUGCCCGAUUCUCUGAGGAAGAAGAGCAUUAGCAUGACUAAGAAGAAGUUUCAGCUCAGAAAAGGUCGCAAGAACAUCGAAUGGGUUCCUCAUAAUUUCGCCUUCCGGUAUCUUAUAUUUAAGGAGCUAGUGAGAUAAUUGUUUCCACUGCGUCCCACUGGUGAAGUUAAAGCUGAUCCUGGGUUCUCUUGCUCUUUCUUCAGCAGUGUAAAUGGGUAGAAAACUCUCAGUCUUAACAAUGCAUAGCUAGCUAGGUUUACAUUAACUAGAUGUUUCAAUUCCUUGUAUAUAUAAUCUUAUGUUGGCUUCAUACAAAUGCUUUGUUGCAGUUAUGAGAGUAUCUUGUCUACUGCCUGUUAUAUACUCCCUCAAUUCUUUUGUAACUGUCUGUUAUGUUAU